CACCAUUGGCUGGCGGGAGAGGGCCCGCCCCCGCUCUGGGUUGCCUAGCAACAGGCGCAGCAGAGCGAGCGGGCCGCGGCGGCGGCGAGCGGAGGAAGGACCGGAUCGGGACCGGGAUUGGAACCGGGGCCGGGACGGAGAUUGGAACCGGGAUCGGGACCGGGAUUGGAAUCGGGGCCGGGGCCGGGAUCGGGACCGGAGAUAAAACCCAAGAAAGAAGAAUAUCUGACAGAAGCAGCAGAGAUGGCUGAGUCUCACCUUGUGCAAGACAUCCUAGGCCUCACAAGUGUUUGACUGAAGCCAUGGCAACAGAGGAUCCAGCUGCACUCCAAGCACCACCUGGGGAUGUGAAGCAAAGGAAAAAGCCCUUGGCUACAGGCAUGGCCACUCCAGAGGAGGAAACAAUCCCACUGGGUGAGCUGAAGAUGCUAGAGCCAUGUCAUUUGCACCCUGAUAGCACAGAGACAGAAAGAAUCAUAACUGUCUUGGAUGAGACCGCUGCCAAGCUGGAGAUGAGCAGUUUGAUUCCACAUAUUAUCAGCUCUCUGGACAAGUUUGCUGAUGUGCUGGGACCUGAGAUCACAAACAGCCUGAUCCAGCACCAGAAGCUUUCAAAUGAAAUGGAGCAGCUGCUUGCUAGCCCUGAGGGAGAGGCCCCCAUGAGAGCUGAGGAGCAACAGCGCUGCCUCUGCUUGCUAGAGCAACGCCUCACCCGUUCUGUUCGAGAUGUCCUGAGACUCCUGCUGGCCAACCCUUCCCUGUGCCAGGCUCUGAGGCAGGAAACCUGGGCACGGAAGUCACCAGCUGAAGGGUUUAUCAAAGCCUUUGGGGAGUUCAGGAAUCUCAUGGUUGAAAGACUCCUGACGAGUCCUGUGGAAGAGGAAGAAAAGCUUCGGCUCCUGGAGGACAUCUCCCUGCAGAUAAAGAAAAGCACUGAAGCAAUUGCAGCUCUCCAGGCAGAGCUGGCAGCAGCCUGCCAGGCUGGAGAGGAGGAGAUCCACAAGAAGGACCAAGUGAUCAAAGACCUCAAAACCAGUGUGCAAGAUCUGGCUGAAGGCUGCAAGGCUGGCAUCCAGCAGAUGAAGCAGGAAGGAGAUAAACAGCAAGAAAAUGACCUUCAGUUCUCCCAGGCCAAGUGUGCCAGGCUGCAGGAGGACAUUGAGCAGCUGGGAGCACAGCUCAGUGCCCUCAUUCGGGAGCAUCGAGCAUCAGAGCUGGAUCUGAAGCAGAGGAAGCGCAGAGUGGAGACAGAAAUUGUGAACUGGAUCCAGAAAUACAACACAGACAUGGGAGAGAAACAGGCUGAGUAUGAGGAGGUUUCUGGUGCCUACAGCGAGGAGAAGGCCCAGCUGUCCCUGCUGCUGGAGAGACGUGUUGUGCUGCUCCAGGAGUACUCCCAGAUCGAGGAGGAGCGCAGGAAACGCCAGAAGGAGGAGGAGGAGGCUUUGGAGGAGCUGAACACCAAGACUCUGGCUGCCACCUGCAUCCAGGCCUUCUGGAGAGGAUACUUAGUGCGCUCCCUCUUCAAGUUAAAAAAGAAGCCAAAGAAGGGCAAGGGCAAGGGCAAGGGCAAGGGCAAGAAGGCCAAGAAGUAAUGCACCAAACGUGCUCUGUCUCUUCCUGGCAAAGCUGCUGCUCCUGCUGGGACUGAGACCUUCAAGACAAAAGCAUCACACUUGAGAGGGCAUUUGCCGGUGCUGAGCCUGCCUCUCACCGUCAGAGUGCCUCAGAGAGGUGCCAGGAGGACAUCUCUCACCAGCCAAGCUUUGGCUCUGCCACCUCUGCAAGGAGGAGGAUGUCUCCUGAGCCAGGAGUGUAGGCUCCUGUCUUGUCUCCUUGGCUUUAGCCUCCCUGCUUACACCUUGCUUGUGCACCCUUACUAAAGAUAGGAAUAAAAGAGUUCCUGGGGCAGGAUGAGGCCCUCCCCUCAGCUGA